AUGGAAAGCCUCUCCUUGCUAACCGAUUCUAGUCGCGCCUUUUCAUCUGGCGCCGCUCGCAAUGCCCUCGCCGACGACAAGCUCAACAGUAUCUCCAAGUCGAUCACCCAGCCCAAAUCCCAGGGUGCCUCGCAGGCCAUGCUCUACGCCACAGGUCUCGACGAGAACGACAUGAACAAGGCACAGGUCGGCAUCUCUUCCGUCUGGUACGAGGGCAACCCAUGCAACAUGCACCUGCUCGACCUCUCCAAGGUUGUCGCCGAGUCGGUCCGCGAGGCGGGCCUCGUCGGGUACCGCUUCAACACCAUUGGCGUCAGCGAUGCCAUCUCCAUGGGCACCACCGGUAUGCGGUACUCCCUCCAGAGCCGCGAGAUCAUCGCCGACUCGAUCGAGACCGUCAUGCAGGGACAGUGGUACGACGGCAACAUCUCCCUCCCCGGCUGCGACAAGAACAUGCCCGGCGUGGCCAUUGCCAUGGGCCGCGUCAACCGCCCCAGCAUCAUGGUCUACGGUGGCACCAUCCGCCCCGGAUGUACCAAGGCGGGCGAGUCCAUCGACAUUGUCUCCGCUUUCCAGGCCUACGGACAGUACAUUGCCGGCGAGAUCAACGAGGAGCAGCGCUUCGACAUUAUCCGCAACGCCUGCCCCGGUGGCGGUGCCUGCGGUGGCAUGUACACCGCUAACACAAUGGCCACCGCCAUUGAGACACUUGGCAUGACGCUGCCUGGCAGCUCGAGCAGCCCCGCCGAGGCCGACAGCAAGAAGCAGGAGUGCCAGAACGUUGGCGCCGCCAUCAGGAACAUCCUCAAGGAGGACAUCCGCCCUCGCGACUGCAUGACACGCGAGGCCUUCGAGGACGCCAUGACUAUCAUCACUAUCCUGGGUGGCAGCACUAAUGCCGUUCUCCACCUGAUCGCUAUUGCGCACUCUGUUGGCAUCAAGCUCACUAUCGAGGACUUCCAAAAGGUGACGGACCGAACACCCUUCCUCGCCGACCUGAAGCCCUCGGGCAAGUUCGUUAUGGCCGACAUGCAUAGAAUUGGCGGCACCCCCGGCGUGCUCAAGUACCUGUUGAAGGAGGGUCUGAUCUCCGGGAAGCAUAUGACGGUCACCGGAAAAACGCUCAAGGAGAACGUCAAGGACGCCAUGGACAUGCCUACCGACCAGGAGAUCCUCCGUCCCCUUAGCAACCCUAUCAAGGCGACGGGCCACUUGGCCAUCAUGCGCGGCUCGCUCGCCCCCGGUGGCGCCGUCGGCAAGAUCACCGGCAAGGAGGGCACCAGGUUUGAGGGUACGGCAAAGGUCUACAACGCCGAGGACGACUUCAUCGCCGCGCUGGAGCGUGGUGAGAUCAAGAAGGGUGAGAAGACCGUGGUUAUCAUCCGGUACGAGGGUCCUAAGGGCGGCCCUGGCAUGCCCGAGAUGCUGAAGCCCUCGUCAGCCAUCAUGGGCGCCGGUCUCGGCAAGGACGUGGCGCUGCUCACUGACGGUCGCUUCUCCGGUGGUUCCCACGGUUUCCUCAUCGGCCACAUUGUGCCUGAGGCCAUCGAGGGUGGACCGAUCGGUCUGGCCAAGGACGGUGACCGCAUCGUCAUCGACGCGGACAAGAGGGUCGUGGAUCUCGAGGUGUCCGAGUCAGAGAUGGAGGCUCGUCGCAAGGCUUGGGUGCAGCCCGCGCUCAAGUACAACAGGGGCACUCUGAAGAAAUACGCUAGCCUGGUGAGCGAUGCGAGCUCGGGGUGCGUGACAGACGGCAAGCUGGCGGAGUAG